AUGGCAGAUGAUGCCAAAAGACAUAUUUAUUCGCCGCAUCCUGAAGGAUACUCGCAGGCUCGCCAAGAGCAGUACAAGCAGUAUCUUCGAAAACUACAACAUAAUUUUAUAGACUCGUGGAACGAAAAAAUUGAAUGCAACGCAAGUUUAGGUGAUUUUGAAAAAAUAAAAGUUUUAGGCACCGGGGCUUUCGGCGUGGUAUAUCUCUCGAAAUAUACCAAAACGGGUAAAUAUUACGCAAUGAAGGUUAUGGAAAAGGAAAAAAUUGUCAAGAUGAAACAAAUUGAACACAGUUACUAUGAAAAGAAGAUUCUGUGCGGACUCAACUUUCCAUUUGUAGUAUAUAUGAAGUAUUUCUUCAAAGACAAUGUUUAUCUUUACUAUGUAUUACCGUUCGUUGCUGGAGGCGAGAUGUUCUCCCACUUACGCAAAUUGGGUAAGUUUGACGAAACAACUUCCAAAUUUUACGGCGCCCAGGUGGUCUUAGCUUUAGAGUAUUUGCACUCUUGCGAACUAGUUUAUCGUGAUUUGAAACCAGAAAACAUCCUCAUCGAACGAACAGGGUAUAUUAAAAUAACUGAUUUCGGAUUUUGCAAGCUCGUACGGGGCAGAACAUGGACUCUUUGCGGAACGCCGGAGUACCUCGCACCAGAGGUAAUUCUAAGUAAAGGAUAUGGUUUGUCAGUUGAUUGGUGGUCCCUCGGAAUUUUACUGUUUGAAAUGAGUGCGGGAUACCCGCCGUUCUACGCGUCGGAUCCUAUGAGGAUUUAUGAGAAGAUUGUAGCUGGUAAAUACCGGUGUCCUAGCCACUUUACGCCCGAUCUAAAAGAUAUUCUCUCUCAUAUACUGCAAGUGGAUAUAACGAAGCGCUAUGGAAACCUCAAGGACGGGGCUCUUGAUUAUAAGAAUCAUAAAUGGUUUAAAGAUAUUGAUUGGGAUAGUUUGCUAAACAACCGGCUUCAAGCUCCGUUUGUGCCCAAAAUAAGAUCACCGGGAGACACGUCGUACUUUGAAAAUUACGAUGACGAGAAAGUUAAGGAAAGCCCCGUGUGCUUAUACGAAGAGGAGUUUGCCGACUUUUAA